AUGACGUGCAUGUUGAGUGUUAGUUUCCUCUGGCUUACCAUACUUUUCUGGAUUUGCACCCAAAAACUGGAAACUGCUUUUGGAUUACCUGGAAGAUCUUCCUGCAAACCAGGUUUUUACUGCCCAGAGGAAGGCGAGGGUCCAGUUCCAUGUCCAAGAGGAACAUUUGGGCCAAGUUUUUGGGCCACAUCAGUAAACGGCUGUAUCAGCUGUCCACCACAUCACUAUGGACCUAGAGAAGGUCUGAGCAACUGCGUUCCCUGUGGGCCCUGGUCACACCAACCUCUGUCAGGACAGGACAGCUGUAUAUGUUUGCGAGAGGGACAGGUCUUUCAGGCCAGUGAUGGGCAGUGUCCCUGCACUUUGGGAUAUCAACCUAAAAUGAAAGGGGAGGCUUGUGUGUUGAAAGUCUAUGAGAUCUGUAAAGACGGAAGAGCACGCAACCAGCAUGGGGAGUGUCUAGACCACAAGCAAUGGAAGCAGUAUUGUUCUGAACAGGUAUGUUCAUCCCCUGAGCUGUAUGAGGGCUACGAUGGCUCCUUGGGCCUGUGUUUGUGCAAGGGCCUGUCCGGGCCCGAACAGGACAGGAUUGACUGUGUGGGCUGGUGCCGGAACACACAGAAUCCAGUUCUGCAGGUGGUUUGCACCGAAAGCCUGUACCUGCUUUACACAGAAUCAAAUCAACAGGUGAGCAUGUCUGGAAGCGUGCUGGAGAACGCUUUUAAACGCUGGGACUCCCAUGGGAACUUGGAGUGCAACACGCAACUUAACUUCUCCAGGCCUGUGUACACAGUGCAGACAGGGGAGGCGGACUUCUUUGGUCUGCACAGUUCUGUCCCUGUGGAGGUCCGAAAGUUGAUUUUGGCUCACAGCCAAGACACCAACAGCCCUUUUGAGCUCCCAGAUACACGCAAUGUUGAGGACAGAGGUAUUGAAGACAAAGAAGAAGAAUGGAGCUCUCACUGGUCCCUCGAAUCAUCAUUAAUUUCGUCAGACAGGCAGCCAGGAGGAGUCUUGAACCCAACAGCAUGUCUGCAUCCAGGAGACAUUCUUCUCUUUACUGUGACUCAACAACACUUCCCUCAGUAUGACAUAGACAGCUUAUAUAACACUAAUGCUGAUUUUGACUGGGGACCUUUGAGAUUACUGGCACAGGACCAGAAACUGCCCAAAUCUGUCCAUUCCCUAUUCUCCAUGAGUUUCAAUGAGCCUGGGGUUUAUGUCUUUAAACUCAGCAGCCACCACCAUAGACACAUGUAUGUGAGGGUUGUGCCCCCUGGAGGAGAAUGCUAUGACUCUGGGCCCUUCUUUCCGUCUGACCCACAUCAUUUGACUCGCAUGGGCAUCGCUCUGAGGCGCCAACUGCUGCUUCGUCCUGAUUGGCCAAUGAUUGGUGGACUUCUAGUUGGAGCUGUGCUAGUCUUGUGCCUGUGUGUCACAAUAUUGAUCUUGUUCAGAGAAUACGGCUGGCCCGAAAAACUGGCAGCUCAAGCCACUUAUCGUGAUCUGCAACUCGGGUACAACAUGGACGAUUAUUCAUCUAAGGGAUCCAGGGUGGUGGCUGUGAAAAAAACGCAUAGAAACCUGCAGGUGGGCUUGACGGAGGGUUCUGUGGAGAGAGCGGUAGCUCUGGUGUCAAGUGAGUUCUGGGACUAUGAAGAGCAAGUGGAUCUGGAAGCCUUCAGUUCCAGCACGUUUUACGACAUCCUGCUCAAGCACAGCGUGUCCGUCACGGCGCGUCUCGGGCAGCUCAGAGGAGAGGUGAAGCUGCUCUAUCAGGGGGUGAUGGGUUGA